CGACAAAAUAUGAAGAAGCUCGCAUCUGUAUCCAUCAACACGAUCCGAUUAUGGCAGCAUCGGAUGUUUCGGUGGAUGGAGGCAUACAGGUCAGGUCUUACCACCCGAGAUGCUCAGUUGCGGGUCAAACAAUUCAGUUCUGCACGCUAUAAAUCACACAGACGAGUUCCCGAAACCGUAGCGAGAGUCUUUGAUCAUGUAUAG